AGUGAUAGUCGUAUGAUUUUAAUUACUUCGGAAUGAACAAAGUAAGAAUUAUCCUUCUGUUGAUAGCAACAGUAAUUUUUGUUACGCUUUACAAAUACAGUUUAAAUUAUAUGCGAUCAGACAAUGUUAAAACAGUCACUGAUCCUAUCCCGAAGACAAUCCUUUAUUGGAACGCGUAUUGGAGUGAAAAGGAUUUCGAAAUAGGGUUCGGAGCGGAACCCUUUAGAACAUGCAAGUACAAGCACUGCUUCGUCACGAACUACAAGACAUUCAAACCAAUCGACGAAUUUGACGCCAUAAUCUUUCAUACUCCGACUUAUAACCCAAGGAGAGACGGUAAACCAAGCCGACGCAACGAAAGACAAGUUUAUAUUUUUCACAACAUGGAAACACCAGUCACUAACACAGUGAACUUUAAAAAUUUCAACUCAUUCUACAACUGGUCAAUGACUUAUCGCUUAGGCUCGGAUAUAAUCAAUCGAUAUGGCGAAUUCAUCGAAGAGAAGUCGAAUUACACUUUGCCAUCAGUCCAAGUGAUCGAGAAGAAGACCAAACUGGUUGCCUGGUUCGUCAGUAAUUGCAAAACGCCGAGCAAGCGAGAGAAAUUGGUGGAAGAAAUGAAGAAGUAUUUACCUGUCGACAUUUACGGAAAGUGUGGCACCUUCAAGUGUCAGAGGAGGAAAGGGGACAACAAGUGCUACGAGAUGCUCGAGCAGAAGUAUAAAUUUUACCUGUCGUUCGAGAAUUCCUUCUGUAACGAUUACUUGACCGAAAAGUUGUACAACGUGCUCAAGAAAAACGUGGUGCCGAUUGUGUACGGUGCGGGUAAUUACAGUUUGAGUGCUCCUCCUCACUCUGUGAUUAAUGUUGUCGACUUCGACACAGUCAAGCAGCUGACGGACUACUUGAAGCAUUUGGACAAAAACGUGACCGCAUACCUCAAAUACUUUGAGUGGAAGAAAAAGUUUAAAGUUGUAAAACAAAAUAGAGCGUGUGGCAUCUGUAAAAAAUUACAUGAACCAUUAAAGAACUCGGUUUACGACGAUUUAAAGAGUUGGUAUUGGGGAAAGAAAGGGGAGAUUUGUAAAACUGAACUUAUGAUUAUGGAGAAAUGACGGGAGAUAUUUUUGAAAACGAUAACACCGAAUCUAGCUUGGCAGAGGAUACAUCGCUAGUUACUGAUGUUUCUGAAGAAAUGCAAACAGAACGAGGAGAGCUUUCGGAAGAAUUAAGGAAUGAGGCAAUUUAAAUAAUAUGCCAUUACACAAGGUUGGAAAAAUCACUGAUCCUAUGACGAAGACAAUCCUUUAUUGGAACGUGUUUUGGGGGAAACAGGAUUUCUAUAUAGGGUUCGGAGCGGAACCGUUUAGAACCUGCGAGUACAAGAACUGCUUCGCCACGAACUACAAGACAUUCAAACCAAUUGACGAAUUUGACGCUAUAAUUUUUCACCCUCCGACUUAUAACCUAAAAUACGACGGUAAGCCAAACCAACGCAAUGAAAGACAAGUUUAUAUUUUUCACAACAUGGAAACACCAGCCACUAACCCACCGGACUUUACAAAUUUCAAUUCGUUUUACAACUGGUCAAUGACUUAUCGCUUGGACUCUGACAUAAUCACACGAUAUGGCGAAUUCUUCGAGGAUAAGUCGAAUUACACUUUGCCAUCAGUUCAAGUGAUCAAGAAGAAGACCAAGCUGGUCGCCUGGUUCGCCAGCAAUUGUAAAACGCCGAGCCAGCGAGAGAAAUUAGCCGAAGAAAUUAACAAAUUUUUACCUGUCGACAUUUACGGGAAGUGCGGCACCCUCAAAUGUGAGAGGACGCAAGAGGACAUGUGCUACGAGAUGCUCGAAGAGAAGUAUAAAUUUUACCUCUCGUUCGAGAAUUCUAUCUGCAAAGACUACUGGACCGAAAAGUUGUACAACGUGCUUAAGAAGAACGUGGUGCCGAUUGUGUACGGUGCGGGGAAUUAUAGUUUGAGUGCUCCUCCUCACUCUGUAAUUAAUGUCGCCGACUUCGACACAGUCAAACAGUUGACUGACUACUUAAUGCAUCUGGACAAAAACGUGACCGAAUACCUCAAAUACUUUGAGUGGAAGAAAAAGUUUAAAAUUGUAAAGAAUAAAAAAGCGUGUGGCAUUUGUAAAAAGUUACAUGAACCAUUAAGGAAGUCGGUUUACGAUGAUUUAAAGAGUUGGUCUUGGGGAAAGAAAGGGGAGAUUUGUAAAACUGGUAAAAAUCUGCCACAGAUUGUCCAAAAAUUAUUAUAG